UUUUUUUUUUUUUGAUGAGAUGAACCAACAUUGUACGUAUCCUUAAAAAAUCAGUAUAAAAGGCACAAAACCCGGCAAAUAUUAACCACUCAAGCUUCUCUUUCUCCACUUUCCAGCUCUGAAAAAUCUUACACAUUUAUCAAUCAUUAUACAGGAAGAAUAAAGAUGACAGUGGGAGCAGGAAUUUGUGUAGCUGAAAGGAAGCUGAAUGUGUUGGGACAAAGCAUUCUGACAGAUGUUCAUGAAAACAUUAUUGUUACUCAGCCAAAUGGUGAAGCUUUCACUAAUGGGGCAUUCCUUGGUGUUAACUCAGACAGAAUUGGUAGUCACAGGGUCUUCCCUAUUGGCAAACUCCAAGGAUUGAGAUUUAUGUGUGGUUUUCGAUUCAAGUUAUGGUGGAUGACACAAAGGAUGGGCACAUCCGGCCAAGAUAUACCAUUUGAGACCCAAUUUUUGAUUGUGGAACGAAAUGAUGGUUCAAAUUUUGAUCAAGACAACCAGGAAAAUUCAGCAUUUUAUGUUGUUUUCUUGCCUAUUCUGGAGGGAGAUUUUAGGGCUGUUCUUCAAGGGAAUUCAAACGACGAGUUAGAGAUAUGCCUGGAAAGUGGAGAUCCUGCUGUGCAAGAUUUUGAAGGAAGCCAUUUGGUUUUCGUAGCUGCUGGACCGGACCCUUUUGAUGUCAUAACUAGUGCAGUCAAGACAGUGGAGAGGCAUUUACAAACAUUUUGUCACCGUGAUAGAAAGAAGAUGCCAGACAUGCUGAACUGGUUUGGAUGGUGCACGUGGGAUGCUUUCUACACUACCGUUACUUCAGAGGGAGUGAAGCAGGGUUUAGAGAGUUUGGAGAAAGGAGGUAUUCCCCCAAAAUUUGUACUCAUUGAUGAUGGAUGGCAAUCAGUCGGUAUGGAUCCCAAUGGCAUUGAAUCCAUUGCUGAUAACCAUGCAAACUUCGCAAACAGGCUAACUCAUAUCAAAGAGAACCAUAAGUUUCAAAAAGAUGGAAAGGAAGGUCAUAGGGUUAAUGAUCCUGCAAUGGGACUUCGACAUGUUGUUACCAAUGUCAAAGACCAACACAAUUUAAAGUAUGUGUAUGUGUGGCAUGCACUUGCUGGUUACUGGGGCGGUGUGAGACCUGGUGUCCCUGAGAUGCAACACUAUGAAUCCAAGUUAUCUUUCCCGGUUUCAUCUCCUGGGGCUGAGUCACAAGAACCUGAUGAUGCUUUGGAUAGCUUGAUAAAGAACGGUCUUGGUCUAGUGAACCCUGAGAAAGUCUAUAAUUUCUAUAAUGAACUGCAUUCAUACCUCGCUUCUGCGGGCAUAGAUGGAGUUAAAGUAGAUGUUCAGAACAUCCUUGAAACACUUGGAGCUGGUCAUGGUGGAAGAGUAAAACUCGCAAGAAAGUAUCAUCAAGCAUUAGAGGCAUCUAUUGCUCGAAAUUUUCCUGAUAAUGGAAUUAUUUCAUGCAUGAGCCAUAGUAAUGAUACUUUGUUCAGUGCAAAGCGUUCAGCUGUUAUUAGAGCAUCGGAUGAUUUUUGGCCACGAGAUCCUGCAUCACACACAAUUCACAUAGCAUCAGUGGCGUACAACACCAUUUUCCUUGGGGAAUUCAUGCAGCCUGAUUGGGAUAUGUUUCAUAGUGUGCACCCGAUGGCUGAAUACCAUGGAGCAGCACGGGCUGUUGGAGGCUGCGCUAUUUAUGUCAGUGACAAGCCUGGACAGCACGACUUUAAUCUUUUAAAGAAGCUUGUACUUCCAGAUGGUUCCAUAUUACGCGCCAAACUUCCAGGAAGGCCAACUAGAGACUGCUUGUUUUCUGAUCCAGCAAGAGAUGGGAUAAGUCUUUUGAAGAUUUGGAAUCUAAAUGAUUGCACCGGAGUAGUCGGUGUAUUCAACUGCCAAGGAGCUGGCUGGUGUAAGGUCGGGAAGAAGAAUCUAAUCCACGAUUGUCUACCAGGGACGAUAACUGGGAUUGUUCGCGCUAAUGAUGUUAAUUACUUACCAAGGAUUGCUCAUGAUGGGUGGACUGGAGAUGCCAUUCUCUAUUCUCAUCUUCAUAGAGAAUUGGUCUGUCUUCCUAAAAAUGCAUGCAUUCCAAUUACUCUGAAGGCGAGAGAAUAUGAAGUCUUUACAGUGGUUCCAAUCAACGAAAUGUCCACAGGAGCAAGAUUUGCUCCGAUUGGUCUAUUGAAUAUGUUCAAUUCAGGAGGAGCAAUCAAAGAGUUGAAGUAUGAAACAGAGAGAAGUGGACUAAUCUCCAUGAAGGUUCGCGGAUGUGGCAUGUUUGGAGCUUAUUCAUCUAUGAAGCCUAAACGAAUACACUUGGACGAUGAAGAAGUACAAUUUGAUUACGACGAAUCCUCUGGAUUAGUCACCCUUAAUCUUAGAGUUCCUGACGGAGAGUUAUACCUUUGGGAUGUAACGGUUGAAGUGUGAAAUGUGCAAGAUGAUCAUUGUGAUGUACAAAUGGUAAAAUCAUUGGAUGAGGUGUAGACUUGUAAACUGAGUCUCUCCUUUCCAGUUCCUGAUAUUUGAAAUCUAGAGGGCAAUAUCCGACAUUGAGGUCCUGAUGUUGUAGCCUUGGACUUAAUGUAUGAUCCAUUUGUUAAGAGAUUUCAUAGCAAAAUGAUGGUCUAUUGGUCCUGUAUCUUAGUUAUUUGAGCCUUGGAAAUGAUCGACUCAAAUAGAUGCUCUUCGUAA